GCUUGACAUUUGACACAUUUAUGCUCAUCACUUCAGUCCUGCAACAGUUUGUGUUUGAUGGUUGAACUCUCAGAGGACAGGUGCACAAAGAGGGCGCCCGCAGCGGUGCGUGCCCUCAGCUCAUACAUGUCGUAGUCGUGGGCCCACUCCACAUUUCCCCAGCGCUGAAUCUGUGGAGGAAGUGACAGAAGACUAAGAUAAGUCAAAAAUAUAUAUUGUACAAUGUAUGUUAUUGCUUCUAUCCAAACGGUAAGGUUGAGAAAAGCUAUUCAAAGCAUUGCAGUGUCAUUUUACGCAAACCACAAGAGGGCGCUGUUUGAUUUAGGACAGUGGUUUCCAAAUCUUAUAAAUAAAAUUGCCAUAACUAGGCAAAGAAAAUUGGGUACAAUUUUGCUAUCAAUAACUAAUCAUACAAGACUUUGUCUUUAAAUGUGAAUAUAAUGAGGUCAAUUUAUGUAUUCAUGCUGUAGACUCAAAAACAUCUGGAUUAAUCUAAAGAUGAAGAUGCAACCAGAGAAAAAAUUCAGGUUUGAUUUCUAGAUAUUUAGCUCUGGAUCUGAUGUACAACUUAGCAGAUAUCAUCUUUUGUUUGAACCCACUCAUUUUACAUGUGAGCAAAAGUAUUGUGUGCGGUGUGUGCUUUGUUUUGCUACCCAAGUGUGUCAUAUUACAUUACUUAUUUAAUCAAUAAGUAGCACUGAAGGUGCAGUUUGAGAUUGGGUAGAAUAGGAAUAGAAUUUUGAGUCAAAGGUCUGUAUUCAAGCCUGCACUUCCUAUUCUUUUUGAUGAGUGGUUAGCAGCUUCUAAAUACAACUAAAAAACACAUCCUUUGUCCUACCUGGUACUCUUCCUCCAGCCUCGACAACAGCACAGCCUGCUCUACACUUAAAUGUCUGUCAAUCAUUCCAAAUGACAACACAACAGACUUCAACUGGGUGAUCACGUACUCAAAUCCUGCAAGGGAGAAUACAGAUUAAUACAGAGCCUUUCUUCUCUACCACAACAGCAGCAAAAUGACAGUAUGCUUUUCAGUAAUUGUUACCACAAACUGGUUUAUCCAUACAAUCCUCAUCUUUCGCUUGUUACCUGUCAGUGACCAAAAAUUGUAAGAUUUGAGAUGCUGGCGGAACGUGUCUUUGGUCGCCUCAGGGAUCUCAGGGCCCAUAAUACUAGAGGAGGAACCGAUGACGACGUUAUAUCUGCAAUUGACACACAGCUAAAUAAAUACAAAUCUGGAAAGACAUCGACUAUAUUCUUAUCAGUGUAUACAAAAAAUAUCAGUCUAUUUCGCUGGAGGACAAAGUAUUCUACACCACUGCAGUAACAUAUUUUUACAGUAAAUCAUUACUCUGUGUCGAACAAAAGCCAGUCUGCUACCUGUCUUCGAUCCAGUGCAGUACAGGAUCCCACUCAUUCUUCUGCAGUUCAACCAGACCAUAAGGCUCAUCUACUCUGUAACUACACCAAGCAACAUUUUUUAAAUGUUUAUAUUAGGUGUAUAAAAGUAGAAUGUAUUUUUAGAUCCAAUCAUCAGACUUUACAGGGUAUCAUUGCUAUAUAUUGUUAGAAACUAGACAUAUGCUCAUGUUUGAGUAAAGCACAUACCAAACAGUGUCAGUCUCCAGAAACUUUAAAGCAGCACUAAUCAUUUGGUCCUCGUUGCGUUGUGUAGGAUUGUCCAAGGCAGUGUUGCAAAGUGUAGUCUGCAAGAAAAUAAGCAAGCGAUCAGAAGCACUGAAAUGUAUUUUUAGCUUACAAUUAACAUUGUAUAUAUCUUUCUGGAAAAUAUUAGACAUGUCCUUCUAGCAGUCUGGUCAAAGGUCAUACCAAGUGCAUUGUAUAGAACUUGAGUGUGUCCUUUUGAGCAUCCCAUUCAGUUGCCACAGCGAUGGCGAGGGCUUCAUUUGGCACUGUGAAAAGCUUCCCUCCAGGGGUUUUCAGCUUCCUCCGGUCUAAGUUGAUCUCAUAUAAACCUCCUAAAUGGGACAAGUCAAAAACAGAAAUAGGUUCAUUUGGACCAAUAUAGAUUUAAAAAAAAAUAUUUCAGAAUGUUCCAACACAGAAAAUGAUCCAAAAACAAACACGCAUCAUGCUAUGGGGGAAUGGUGGAACUUAAAAAUUUUGCAAUCACUUAAACACUGAUCCAAAGAUCCAGAACAAAAACAAAAUGAAAAUGCUGCAAAUAGCAAAAACUUGAAUAAAAUUAUGGCCAAGUGGUUAACAAAGAAAAAUGUAUUUUUUUUGUUUCGCCUUGUCAUAAGUCUGCCGACUUCUAUUUCUCCGUUGCAUCUGGUUUUGGUGUUUUUAUGAUUUUGGUUUUGGAUCAUUUAUGCGCGUUUGCCCCUAACGGCCACCGUACCUUCACCUUGGGCAAUACUGACGUCCUGAUAAAAUCGUUUUCUUUCUGCAAGCAAACAAGAAUGGCUCUUUUAACUCUUGUAGCUUAGCAUAACAAAAUUCUAUGUUAUGUUUACUUACCUGUUGCAGCUGAUGUUGAAUAUUUAAAUGCAUGUUUGAAGGGCUGACGAUUCCGUUGCAUUUUACAGAGUAACAGAGCAUUUCUAAGCCGAUUAUCGAGGCUUGCAAAACUUCUAAACAUCUUACCAAUUAUAUAUAAACGGUAUGUCAAGUGAACUAAGUUAGCUAAACUGAAACGAAACGCCAGGGUCCAACGCUCCUAUGUAAACAAACGCCACAUUGUUCGUGUGUAUUUCGCAUUGGAAUUGCACAAAUACGGUAGCAGUUAACUGAAAAAAUGCGUAAUGUUUCUACCUACUAGCAAUAAUUUACUAUCUCAAUUUUUCGGCCCACUGUUCAAAAGCACGCGUGUGACCUUCUGCAAUUGUUAGGCAGCGUUGUAUGGGCUUGAAGAGACGGGAAUUGUAGUUCUAUACAUGGUUAUGUGCCUCUCUCAAUAAAGCAUAAAAAACUACACACUAAAACCAUGAAGCGUACCGACCAAAGUAAACCAAUGGCAAUCCAGUAUCUUGGCAUGUCCAAUGUAAUUAGCCAAUGAGAGGACUGCUUGCUUUGACUUCGUCGUUGCGUCGAAGUCCACUUACUUUCCUGGGAGCUCGGUCCCUAGCAUACCACAACGUAAAGGUUUCAUAGGGAAUUUUGAAGCUGGAGGACUGCUUCAGCCCCACAUCGCUGCUUCGUGGACGCCGGAAGAGUCUGUCACUCAGACGACCAUUAACCAGUUUGGUGCCCAGUCAGCGAAGCGGGAGCCAUGCCCGUCCCCGCUGGAUACAUGAGCGACUCCCAUUGCGCGGCCUUCGCGUCCUCGGCCUCACUUAUUCCUCCGCCCCCGAUCAACACCCAGCAACCCGGUGUUGUCACCUCGCUGUUGUACAGCGGCUCCAAGUUCAGGGGGCACCAAAAGAGCAAAGGGAACUCUUACGACGUGGAAGUUGUUUUACAGCAUGUCACCAUGGAGGACUCUUACUUGUGUGGUUACCUGAAAAUAAAAGGACUCACGGAGGAAUACCCAACUCUAACUACGUUCUUUGCUGGCGAAAUUAUCAGCAGAAAACGGCCAUUUCUUACCAGGAAGUGGGAUGCAGAUGAGGAUGUGGAUCGUAAACACUGGGGCAAGUUCCAAGCCUUCUACCAGUAUGCAAAGACUUUCAACUCGGAUGAUUUUGACUACGAGGACCUUAAAAAUUCUGACUAUAUCUUCAUGAGGUGGAAGGAACAGUUCCUGGUCCCGGAUCACACAAUCAAAGACAUCAGCGGCGCUUCCUUUGCUGGAUUUUACUACAUUUGCUUCCAAAAAUCCACAGCAACAAUCGAGGGCUACUACUACCACAGGAGCUCAGAAUGGUACCAGUCGCUCAACCUCACUCACGUCCCUGAACACAGCGCUGCCAUCUAUGAGUUCCGGUGACCCGGGCUGGCAUCGUGGAUCUUUUGUUGGGUGGACUUAAGGCAAAGCAGAGGUCUGCGGAUGCUACUGAGAUCAGAGAAAGACAAUUUGUCAAGCAUACACAACAUGCUCAUCUUUGGGAUGGACAGAGGCUGGAUCAGCAGAUGCGAGAGGACACUUGAAUGUAUGUCUAUUGGAUGAGGUAAAAAAAACAAAAAAAAACCCACAGGAAAUGCUGUUCUGCUCCCUGGCUAAGCGUGGAAAGUCAGAACCAGCAUCAGAACCCUGGUGUGGUUCCUACCCGUCAAUUGUGUAUUUUCAAGAAAAUACUUGGCACCCUUCCUGAAGGCACUUUAUAGGCCAAGUUGGGAAGUUAAGUGCAUCAACACUUUUGACCAGGGAUGGAGUGGCUCCUUGGAGGAGUCUGAGAGAAAGAACUCUUCAGGUUUUAGGGAUGGAGCUUUAAUCAGCCCAUAAGCUGUACAUGACAGUAUAAACAGUAUUUUGUUGAAGUUGUGGUUGUUUGCCUGCCAAGAGGAUAUUUUUGUGAUUCUACUCUAAAAGAUGGACACUGAGCGACACUUUUAAGGCUACAAAGUGGGUGACACACAAAACAAGUGUUCCCCUUCCUCCCCUCGUGUCCAUCACAUUUGCUUUUUAAUCACAUGUGGUGUUGUUCCAUUGUUACUUUUGCACAAAGAUGGACCACACGUUACUAACACUUGUUCACAUGCCUAGGUACACAAGCUCAAAGCUGAAUGGAGAAAAAGCUUUUUAUCUACUUAAAAAGGUUUGACUGCUUGGAGUGUUGAGAGACAAAUCAGUCAUUAUAGUAAGUAUUAUAACAGAGUAUUUUUUACGCAGAUCUGCACUCUGCAUUAAACAAUGAGCUUUUUAUGUGUCAUUUUUAAAUUAUAUACCCCCUUGUCCUUACAUUGAGGUCUCUUCGACUAUGCAACAUGUUCAACAUAGCACUCUCCAAACAACAAACCUCCAUUCGCAGAGAUUUAAUUCUUUCCCAUUCCCUCUUUCCCUAGAGUUUAUGAAACACACACCUUAUUGUCAUCAAAAGGAAAUAUUUUUGUUAAAUUCCCUGUGAAGUCUUUCCCUAAUGGGCUUCCCUUUGUCAUGUGACUGUGCCAUGUUUUUAAAAGUUUAUCAGAGUUGUACUAUUACAGAUAAUGAGAUGUAUUUGCUUGAGAUUAAGUCUGAGUUGGAUUGACAGACUGUUGGAUUGAAUGACCUGUGGAUUUGAAAAGAGAAAUCAUAUCCAAACAAAACCUGAUGGCUGUUUCUGUUAUCUCUGCUGCGCUCUAGUGGCAGG